AUGCCCCUGGUCGAGAUGAGUGAGCUCCGCCAGCCAGAGGCAGACUUUCAGGCCGCAGUCCCGGCCCUGGGCCCAGUGGAGGCACAGCUGUUGGGGGCUGAGGGCAAGGAGGCUGCAUCCCCCUCGUCCUCCUCCUCCUCUUCUUACUCUGUCCUGUUCCUGGACACCUUGGAGAGGGGGCUGAUGCUGGAGAACCCAGAGCCCCUCCCCCACUGCCAUGAUGAGGAAGGGCCGAGCACCUGGCAUGACCAGGAAGAUGUGCUCCAACAUGCUCUAUGUCAGAAGGUGGAUGAACUGGUGGCGUUCCUGCUGUUCAAGCAUCAGACCAAGGAGUCGACCACAAAGGCAGAAAUGCUGACCAUCCUCAAAGAUUACCAGGACCACUUCCCCGUGGUCUUCAGGCGAGCCUCCGAGGACAUGCGGCUGGUCCUUGGCCUCGACGUGAAGGAAGUGGACCCCAGCAAUCACUCCUAUGUCCUCGUCCCCACCCUGGGCCUCACCUACGAUGGGAUGCUGAGUGACGGGCCGAGCAUGCCCAAGACCGGCCUCCUGGUGCUGCUCCUGGGCCUGAUCCUCCUGGAGGCUGACUUUGUUGCCCCUGAGGAGAAGGUCUGGGAAGUGCUGAGCAUCAUGGGGGUAUAUGCAGGGAAGCAGCACUGCAUCUAUGGGGAGCCCAGGGCUCUCACCAAAGUGUGGGUGCAGGAGGGCUACGAGGAGUACCGGCAGGUGCCCCACAGCGACCCCGCCCGCUACGAGUUCCUCUGGGGUUCCCGGGCCCACACGGAGACCAGCAAGUGUCCGGCCCUGGGGCAUCUGCUCUGGGUCAAUGGAUGGGAUUCCAGGUCCUUCCCAUCCCUGUGUGCAGAGGGUGUGAGCGAUGAGGAACAGGGACCCUGA